AUGGCUGAAAAUUUCGUUGAUGUCAUGAAAGGGAAGAAGGAGUCUAUUGUCUGUAAGCUAUCUUCGUUUACCAAGGACUUGGUAAAAAGAAAUAGACAUAUUCUUGGACAGAUAAUAAGAGUUAUUUUGUUGCUUACCAAACAAAACAUACCCGUUAGAGGCCACACGGAAGAAAGGAGUAAUUUUAUGGCGGUUCUCCAAUCCCACGCGUUAAACGAUCCCAUACUCGCAGAUCACCUCCGAAACGGAAAAGAAAAUGCCAAAUACACAUCGCCUGAUAUACAGAAUGAGAUUAUUACGUUAUGUGCCGAUCACGUUCUUCAGUGUAUCAUCACACAGUGUAAAGAAGCCGGAUAUUUCGCCAUCAUGGCCGACGAAGCUACCGACUGCUCCACAAAAGAACAGUUAUCUAUAUGCAUUCGCUUUCUUACAGUCAACGAAGGACGUUAUGAGCUUAAUGAAAAAUUCAUUGGCUUUGUUACUUGUAGAUCAAUUAAGGGCGUUAAUCUUGCUGAGGCCAUUGUAGAGUAUCUCCAAGACUGUGGAUUGGAUAUCUUGAAACUGCGUGCCCAGUGCUAUGACGGAGCGGGGAACAUGGCAGGAAAAUACAAUGGAGUUCAAGCACUGAUACGGGAACGUGUACCACUUGCGAGCUACGUACAUUGUAAGUCUCACUGUUUGAACUUGGCUUUGGUACAUACAUGUAAACUACAAUGUGUUAGAACAAUGAUGAAAACAGUUCAGGAUAUUGGAUUUGCAUUUUCCUACUCUGCGAAACGUUUAGAUGCAUUCGCUACUGAGCUGUCUCAGGAUCCUGUAUCACGUGCCCAGAUGGAUGGUCGCCAGAAGUUGAAGACUCUCUGCGAAACGCGAUGGAUGAGUCGCACGGACGCUCUCACAACGUUCACACAGGCAUUUGCAGUUGUCGUCCAUGCCUUGGAAACAUUGGAAGCAGAUGGUGACGAUAAAGCAGGAGAACACGUGCGUGCAAUCCUGAGAUUCGAGUUUAUCCUUACACUCGUGGCAUGUGAACAGGUACUCAGCUCCCUCGUUGGAUUGACUGCAAUCUUACAGGAGGUAAACUUCAUCUAA